AUGUUUAAUCAACUUGGCGGUGGGAGUAGUAACCCAAAUAAAGAUGUGGAAGUAGCAUCACCUCCUGACGGCACUGUAUCUGCUCUAGAAUUCUCACCACCCUCAGUCCCACAGACAUUUCUUGUUGCUGGCAGUUGGGAUUGUCAGGUAAGAUGCUGGGAAGUUGAAGCUUCUGGUAAAACAGUGCCAAAGGCGGCACAAGGCAUGGAUGGACCAAUAUUAGAUGUAGCCUGGCAUGAUGAUGGCACAAAGGUGUUCAUGGCAUCUACAGACAAGAGUGUUAAAUGCUGGGAUCUAGCAGCAAAUCAGACAAUACAGGUAGCGGCUCAUGAUGCUCCAGUUAAAACCUGUCAUUGGGUCAAGGCACCUAAUUAUACAUGUCUUAUGACAGCAUCCUGGGAUAAAACUCUUAAGUUCUGGGACACGAGGAGCUCAGUGCCAAUUAUGAACAUGAAUUUAUCGGAGAGAUGCUAUUGUGCUGAUGUUGAUUACCCAAUGGCAGUAGUGGGUACUGCAGACCGAGGCAUUUGCCUCUAUACCCUGGAGGGUAAACCAGCAGAGUUCAAACGUGUGGAGUCCCCACUCAAAUACCAGCACCGCUGCAUCGCUAUAUUCCGCGACAAGAAGACGAAGCAGCCCACGGGCUUCGCCCUCGGUAGCGUGGAGGGACGCGUGGCAAUCCAAUACGUCAAUCCCACCAAUCCUAAGGAUAACUUCACUUUCAAGUGCCACCGGUCGGCCGGCACUACAGGAGGCUACCAGGACAUUUACGCAGUGAAUGACAUAGCGUUCCACCCGGCGCACGGCACGCUGGCCACCGUGGGCUCGGACGGCUCGUUCUCCUUCUGGGACAAAGACGCGCGCACCAAGCUCAAGUCCUCCGAGCUGAUCGACCAGUCGCUCACCAAAUGUGCCUUCAACCACAAUGGACAGAUAUUUGCCUAUUCUGUUGGCUACGAUUGGUCUAAGGGCCAUGAGCAUUACAAUCCAGCCAAGAAGAACUUUAUAUUCCUUCGACCCUGCUUUGAAGACUUGAAGCCUCGCUCGACA